AUGGCCGACAAAAAGAUUCCUGAAGCCGAACCCAUGAACAUUGCUACCAUCUCUGCUGGCUUCGAAAAGGGCGAUUUCCUGGUCCGCGAAGAACAAGGGAACAGAGUUUACUUUGACUUUUUCGAAGAGGCCUUCAACUAUAUUUCCAACAAAGGAUACUCACGUAUGUCGAGAGAGGAUGAAAAACACUGGGUCGAUCUCAUGAAUGUUAUCCACGACAGCGUAAAAGGCGGUAUGAAGUAUAACACUGGAACGCUUCUGAUGGUGCUUAACAGGGCCGUUACGGACGCACACAUUGUGGCUGCCGAAAAAGCGGAAAAGCAGCCGAAGAAGUCAAUGACACCUUCCAAGUCUGACUCCAAAUCGAUGAACCCAUAA